AGAGCCCAGAGGAGACAGAGGAGAAGCAGAGGUAGAAAAGAGCGAAAGAGCGGAGGGACUAUCUCUUUUUUCCCCUUUACGCCACCGGCACAACCAAUACACCCAUUUCCCCCCCCGACGGGACUGCGCGUGGGGAGGGAGGUCCGGGACCUCAGUGCAGCACACACACACACACAGGCCACACACUAACACACCCUCUGUGACCAGAGGAACAGCAAGCUGCUGCGCGCACUGACUGAGCGGACCGGAGAUCCCAUCCGACUAUACACAUACACAGACGAGCUAAAGUGAGAGAGGGAGAGAGAGAAAGAGGGAGCGGCCACCCAGAGUUGAGCAGACUCCACCCAGAGGGAAACAAGCCAGCGAACCAAGACACAGCCGAGACCAUAAAAAUGAGUGGUUCACACCCCCGGCUCCACCAGAGCGCCGCGCCCGCUCCCAACGCUCUCUCCACGGACAAGGACGCAGAAAUGCCCGCCACGGAAAAGGACCUGGCCGAGGAUGCGCCGUGGAAGAAGAUCCAGCAGAACACCUUCACCCGCUGGUGUAACGAGCACCUGAAAUGUGUCAACAAGAGGGUCGGCAACUUGCAGACGGACCUCAGCGACGGGCUGCGGCUCAUCGGGCUCCUGGAGGUCCUGUCCCAGAAGAAGAUGUUCAGAAAGUACAACCAGAGGCCCACCUUUCGCCAGAUGCAGCUGGAGAACGUGUCGGUGGCCCUGGAGUUCCUGGACAAGGAGAGCAUUAAGCUGGUGUCCAUAGACUCUAAAGCCAUCGUGGAUGGGAACCUGAAGCUGAUCCUGGGUCUGAUCUGGACCUUGAUCCUGCACUACUCCAUCUCCAUGCCCAUGUGGGAUGAGGAAGAGGAGACUGAUGACGGCAAGCAGAAGACCCCCAAGCAGAGGCUGCUGGGAUGGAUCCAGAACAAACUGCCCGAGCUUCCCAUCACCAACUUCCACAGGGACUGGCAGACCGGCCGGGCCCUGGGUGCCCUGGUUGACAGCUGUGCUCCUGGUCUGUGUCCUGACUGGGAUCAGUGGGAUCAGACCAAACCGGUGGACAACGCCCGGGAGGCCAUGCAGCAAGCUGACGACUGGCUGGGCAUCCCACAGGUGAUAACCCCUGAAGAGAUCGUUGACCCCAAUGUGGACGAACACUCAGUCAUGACCUACCUGUCCCAGUUCCCCAAGGCAAAACUGAAGCCUGGCGCACCUCUACGACCCAAACUCAACCCCAAGAAGGCCCGUGCCUAUGGGCCAGGUGUCGAACCUGUUGGUAAUGUUGUGAUGAAGAAGGCUUUGUUCACCGUGGAGACCAUCAGUGCAGGAAUGGGAGAGGUGCUGGUUUACGUGGAGGACCCUGCAGGACACAGGGAGGAGGCUAAAGUGACAGCCAACAAUGAUAAGAACCGCACCUACUCAGUCUUCUACAUCCCUAAAGUCACAGGCAUGCACAAGGUGACUGUGUUGUUCGCAGGGCAGCACAUCUCUAAGAGCCCCUUCGAGGUGGAGAUCGGCAUGGCUCAGGGAGACUCCAGCAAGGCCACGGCCCAGGGGCCGGGCCUGGAGCCCUCAGGAAACAUCGCCAACAAGGCCACUUACUUUGACGUCUACACAGCAGGCGCUGGUGUUGGCGAGGUGGAGGUGAUGAUCAUUGACCCUGCCGGCAAGAAGACCACGGUGCCUUGCACCAUAGAGGACAAGGGCAACAGUAGCUACCGCUGCACCUACAAACCCAUCCAGGAGGGCCAGCACACCAUCUACGUCACCUUCGCCGGGGGCCAGAUCAGCAAGAGCCCCUUCACUGUCACCGUGGGAGAGGCAUGCAACCCCAGCCUCUGCAGAGCUAAGGGCCGCGGUCUGCAGCCUAAGGGCCUGAGGGUGAAGGAGACUGCAGACUUUCAGGUUUACACCAAAGGAGCCGGCACCGGAGAGCUCAAAGUCACCAUCAAGGGGCCCAAGGGUCUUGAGGAGCCUUGCAAAAGGAAAGAUCUUGGAGAUGGCGCGUAUGGUUUUGAGUAUUACCCCACCACACCUGGAACAUAUAGCAUCACCAUCACCUGGGGAGGACAGCACAUCCCCCGCAGUCCCAUUGAGGUUAAGAUUGGCGCUGAGGCCGGCCCGCAGAAGGUGAGGGCCUGGGGUCCAGGGCUGGAGAGCGGCAUUGUUGGCAAAUCUGCGGACUUUGUGGUGGAGGCUGUUGGAGACAACGUCGGUACACUGGGUUUCUCUGUGGAAGGUCCAUCUCAGGCCAAGAUUGAAUGUGACGACAAGGGCGACGGAUCCUGUGACGUGCGCUACUGGCCCACAGAGGCUGGGGAGUACGCAGUGCAUGUGCUCUGCAACAGCGAAGACAUCCAGCACUCUCCCUUCAUGGCUGAGAUUGUCAACGCACCAAACAAAGACUUCUACCCCGACAAGGUUAAGGCGCACGGUCCAGGCCUUCAAAGCAGUGGUUUGGCUGUUGGAAAGCCCACUGAGUUCACCGUCGAUGCUAAGCAAGGAGGAAAAGCUCCUCUGAAGAUUGUUGCUCAGGAUGUUGAAGGUACGCCUGUGGAUGUACAGGUUAAGGAUAAUGGCAACGGUACGUACGCCUGUACUUACACCCCACGUAAACCUGUAAAACACACCGCCAUGGUCUCCUGGGGAGGAGUCAACAUCCCUGACAGCCCAUUCAGGAUGAAUAUCGGAGCAGGCUGUCAUCCAAACAAGGUGAAGGUGUCAGGACCUGGGGUGGCCAAGACCGGCCUCAAAGCCUUCGAGCCAACAUACUUCACUGUUGACUGCGCAGAGGCUGGACAAGGUGACAUCAGUAUUGGAAUCAAGUGCGCCCCCGGAGUGGUGGGACCCGCGGAGGCGGACAUUGACUUCGACAUCAUUAGGAACGACAACGACACGUUCACUGUCAAAUAUACUCCACCUGGAGCGGGAAGCUACACCAUCAUGGUCCUGUUUGCUGACCAGGCUAUUCCAAUGACACCCAUCAGGAUCAAAGUGGAUCCUUCUCACGAUGCCAGCAAAGUCAAGGCAGAGGGACCAGGACUCAGCCGCAGUGGUGUUGAAUUGAACAAGCCCACUCAUUUCACCGUGAGCACUAAAGCAGCAGGAAAGGCAAACCUGGACUGCAACUUCAGCGGCCCAGCCAAAGGAGAGGCCGUCAAGGACUUUGAAAUCAUCAACAACCAUGACAACACACACACUGUGAAGUACACACCUGUGCAGCAGGGUCCCCUGGGAGUUGCUGUGACCUACGGUGGAGAUCACGUUCCCAAGAGCCCCUUCAACGUUGCCGUGGCGCCCACACUGGACCUCAGCAAGAUCAACGUCACAGGCCUGGGAGACAAGAUGACUGUAGGCAAAGACCAGGAAGUGACCGUCAAAUCAAAGGGUGCCGGUGGUCAGGGGAAGGUCGCCGCCAAAGUGACCUCGCCAUCAGGGAAGCCAGUGGUCAGCAAGGUGGAGCCAGGGCUGAGCCCAGAGACCAGUCAGGUGAAGUUCAUCCCCCGCGAGGCGGGGCCAUACCAGGUUGAACUGACCUAUGAUGGAGCACCGAUCCCUGGAUCCCCCUUCAGCCCCACAGCUUACCCUGUCUCAGAUCCUUCCAAGGUACGCUGCUCUGGCCCAGGCUUGGAGCGCGCCAAGGUGGGGGAGAAAGGGGAGUUCAUUGUGGACUGUACCAACGCCGGCCCGGCUGAGCUGACCAUUGAGAUCAUCUCCGACAGCGGCACCGAGGCAGAGGUUCACAUCCAGGACAACGGAGACGGCACCUACACCAUCACCUACAUCCCUCUCUACCCCGGCUCGUACACUCUCACCAUCCGCUACGGUGGCCAGGAUGUGCCCAACUUCCCCACUCGGCUCAACGUGGAGCCCGCGGUCGACGCCAGUGGAGUCCGUGUGUUCGGAAAAGGAGUGGAGGGCAAAGGUGUUUUCCGUGAGGCGACCACAGACUUCACUGUGGAUGCUCGUGCUCUCACACAGACCGGAGGUGACCACAUCAAAACCGUCAUCAGCAACCCGUCCGGCAGCCGUACGGACGCACUGAUCACCGAUCUUGGAGAUGGAACCUACAACGUAGAGUACACUCCCUAUGAGGAGGGCCCACACAGCGUGGAGGUUUGCUACGAUGGCUCUCCAGCGCCUAAGAGUCCAUUCCGUGUUGCCGUCACCGAAGGCUGUGAUCCAGCUCGCGUUCGUGUGCACGGUCCCGGCCUGAAAUGUGGCAUCACCAACAAGCCCAACAAGUUCACAGUGGAAACCCGAGGAGCAGGUACUGGUGGUCUUGGUCUGGCGAUGGAGGGUCCAUCGGAGGCCAAAAUGUCCUGCACUGAUAACAAGGAUGGCAGCUGCAGUGUGGAGUACAUCCCAUACGAGCCCGGCAAAUACAACCUCAAUGUCACCUAUGGAGGACAGCCCAUCACAGGCAGCCCGUUCUCUGUGCCAGUCAGUGACACAGUGGACAGUACCAAGGUGAAGUGCCAGGGUCCAGGCCUGGGUACCAAUGUCAGAUCCAACAUUCCUCAGGCAUUCACAGUGGACGCCUCCAAGGCUGGAGUGGCCCCACUGCAGGUCCGCGUACAGGGACCCAAAGGUGUGGUGGAGCCUGUGGAAGUGGUGGAUAACGGUGAUCAGACUCACACCGUCAACUACGUUCCCACCAGAGAGGGACCCUAUUCCAUUAAUGUGUUAUAUGCUGACGAGGAGAUCCCACGCAGCCCCUACAAGGUGAAGGUGCUCCCCACCCACGAUGCCAGUAAGGUGCGUGCCAGCGGGCCCGGCCUUAACACCACCGGGGUGCCCGCCUCUCUGCCCGUCGAGUUCACCAUUGACGCCAAAGAUGCAGGCGAGGGAUUGCUGGCAGUGCAGAUCACCGACCCAGAGGGGAAGCCUAAGAAGGCCAAUAUCCGUGACAACCAUGACGGGACCUAUCUGGUGUCCUAUGUGCCGGACAUGACUGGCAGAUACACCAUCCUCAUUAAGUACGGAGGGGACGAGAUCCCAUACUCACCCUACCGUAUCAGAGCCCUGCCCACUGGAGACGCCAGCAAGUGCACUGUCACAGUCUCAAUCGGCGGUCACGGUUUAGGCGCAGGCGUUGGCCCAACUAUCCAGAUUGGCGAACAGACAGUCAUCACAGUGGACGCCAAGGCGGCUGGGAAAGGCAAGGUGACCUGCAGCGUGUGCACGCCCGAGGGGGCGGAGCUCGACGUGGACGUGGUUGAGAACGAGGACGGCACAUUCGACAUCUUCUACACGGCGCCGCAGCCUGGCGAGUAUGUCAUCUGCGUCCGUUUCGGAGGGGAGCACAUCCCUAACAGUCCCUUCCAAGUCACGGCGCUGGAAGGAGCCCCAUCAGACCAGCUCAUGCAGCAGAGCCAAAUGCCCCAGUACUACGCUCAACAGCCCUGGGCAACAGACAGACCAAUGGGAAUGAACGGUCUGGAUGUGGCAGGGCUGAGGCCGUUUGACCUGGUCAUCCCAUUCACCAUCCAGAAGGGAGAGAUCACAGGUGAAGUCCGAAUGCCAUCGGGCACCGUGGCCAAGCCUGACAUCACAGACAACAAGGACGGCACUGUUACGGUCAAGUACGCUCCCACUGAGGCCGGUCUGCACGAGAUGGACAUCAAAUACGAUGGCAUCCACAUCCCUGGAAGUCCCCUACAGUUCUACGUGGACUACAUGAACAGUGGUAAUGUCAGUGCGUAUGGCCCAGGCCUGAUCCAUGGGACUGUCAACAAGCCUGCUGUCUUCACUGUUAACACCAAAGAUGCUGGAGAGGGCGGUCUGUCUCUGGCCAUCGAGGGUCCAUCCAAGGCCGACAUCAGCUGUGUUGACAACCAGGAUGGGACGUGCACUGUGUCCUACCUGCCCGUCCUGCCUGGAGACUACAGCAUCCUGGUCAAAUACAACGACAAGCACAUCCCCGGCAGCCCCUUCUCUGCUAGGAUUACUGGUAAUUGUGUGUGUGUGUGUGUGUGUGUAGGAAGUGCAUUCACCGUGAAGGUAACAGGGGAGGGCAGGAUGAAGGAGAGCAUCACGAGGAAGAGGAGAGCAGCAUCAGUCGCCAACGUCGGCAGCCAGUGUGACCUCAACCUCAAGAUCCCAGAGAUCAGCAUAGCGGACAUGACGGCUCAGGUCACCAGCCCAUCUGGCCAGGUUCACAAGGCCGACAUUAUGGAGGGAGAGAACAACACCUACUGCAUCCGCUUCGUCCCCACCGAGACGGGUGUGCACACCGUGUGUGUGAAAUACAAUGGCGUGCAUGUGCCUGGGAGCCCGUUCCAGUUCACCGUGGGCCCCCUGGGAGAGGGCGGGGCUCAUAAGGUCCGUGCUGGAGGGCCGGGCCUGGAGAGAGCAGAAGCUGGAGUACCAGCGGAGUUCAGUAUCUGGACGAGGGAGGCUGGUGCCGGAGGUCUCAGUAUUGCUGUGGAGGGGCCGAGCAAGGCUGAAAUUGCCUUCGAGGACCGCAAGGACGGCUCCAGUGGAGUGUCCUACAUCGUGCAGGAGCCUGGAGACUACGAGGUGUCCAUCCGCUUCAACGACGAGCACAUCCCCGACAGCCCCUUCGUGGUCCCUGUGGCCUCGCCGUCAGACGACGCCCGUCGCCUCACUGUUGCCAGUCUUCAGGAGUCGGGUUUGAAGGUGAACCAGCCAGCAUCGUUCGCCGUCAGCCUGAACGGGGCGAAGGGCGUGAUCGAUGCAAAGGUCCACAGCCCAUCUGGAGCUCUGGAGGAAUGCUGCGUCACCGAGAUCGACCAAGAUAAGUACGCAGUCCGGUUCAUCCCCAGAGAGAACGGUCUCUAUCUCAUUGAUGUGAAGUUCAAUGGAAGUCACAUCCCUGGUAGUCCGUUUAAGAUCCGAGUAGGAGAAACGGGCCAGGCUGGAGACCCUGGGAUGGUGUCGGCCUACGGAGCAGGACUGGAGGGAGGCACCACAGGAAGUGCAUGUGAAUUUGUGGUGAACACGAGCAAGGCAGGCCCUGGAGCUUUGGCUGUGACCAUCGACGGGCCCUCCAAGGUGAAGAUGGACUGCGUGGAGUGCCCCGAGGGCUACAGGGUCACCUACACCCCAAUGGCUCCUGGCAACUAUCUCAUUUCCAUCAAGUAUGGCGGUCCUUACCACAUCGGCGGAAGCCCCUUCAAAGCCAAGAUCACUGGUUCCAAGCUAGUGUCCAGCCACAGUAUGCACGAAACCUCUUCUGUCAUGGUUGACCCUGUGACCCGGGCCAUCAGCUGCUCUCAGCAGGGUGCUCCCACCCAAUCAGAUGCCAGCAAGGUCGUCGCCAAGGGCCUGGGCCUGACCAAGGGCUUCGUCGGUCAGAAGAACAACUUCAGUGUUGACUGCAGCAAAGCAGGUCGUAACAUGCUCCUGGUUGGUGUGGACGGUCCCAAGGUCCCCUGCGAGGAGAUCCUAGUGAAACAUUUGGGCAACCGCAUGUACAACGUCAGCUACCAGCUGAAAGAGAAGGGCGAGUACAUCCUGGUGGUGAAGUGGGGAGACGAACACAUCCCUGGCAGCCCCUACCACAUUACUGUCUAAAAGCCCGGCGCCACAAUCAGCAAACAUACCACUGUUUAAUACAACUGAAAUUCUAUCCAGAGUCUAACCGAUCAUUGUUUACAAGUCCAAGUCCCUCCCAUGUUACAAAUUAAGAUUUCUGGCAUUUGUCUUUAUUUUAUUUUUUUUUGCGUCUUAUUUUAUAACUAUUUAACCAACUAGAAAACUGUCACAUCAGUGUUUACACUCAGCCAGAUCUCUCUGUUUUUCAGACAAGUGAAUAUUUAAAAAAAAAAAAAAAAAGCAACACCAUUCACUGUAACCCAGUCCAGAAUCUCCCAAAGAUGAAUGCAUGGAGACAUGCAGUAUUCCUCUCUUUCUGGAUAUUCGCUCCAUGUCUUGUUUUAUUCUUCUGCUAACUGUCGUCAAUUUAGGGAGGAAAAAGAUGCACCUUUUUUUUCAUUAUUAUGGUAAGCCGGACAAUUGUGCCUUAGGCCUUCAUUUUUUUUUUUUUGUUACAUUCUUUUAGUCAUGCACAUAAGUGGACAUGAGCAGAUUUGUCUGAACUAGUGUACAGUGAUAGGUUAGCUUAGUGUAGCAGCAGUCGAAUUUUGGCCCCGCUGAGCCCAGCAUUGGAUGGAAGGUUACUGUUUACACUGGAGGAGCUACAUACUUAACAUACAGUAAUAAUGGAUUUCGUUUUAUAUGAACAAUCGCAGGACUUGGACCAAAGAGUGUCGCAAGCAAUGUUCCUUUCUGAGCAAUGGGUUUAUAUGCCCCACGACACACUUUGAUGCGAGAUCUUUAAUUGUCAGUAUACUAAAAGUCUAAAGAACGGCUCCGUCUGUUACUUAGAACUACAAAUGCUCGGCACUGUUCCAGUCCGCUUCAGCAUGUGGUUUUCAUGAUGCUUUUUAACCAACCCAGUUGUUUUACCUGCUGCUAGUGUGAUCCAGUUUUAGGCACUGCUGUUCUUAAAGCCGUAAUACGGAUUAGAAUAUGGGAACGAUUCCAUAAGAUUUAAAGAUGAGGCCACAUCCUAUGUGAACAGGGAGGAGAAAGACACAUUUCACAGUAGCUUCCUCGUGGUUUGUCGCACGUGCUCUCUCAACACCGCCGCUGGGAAACAACCGCUUUUUUUUUGUGUGUGUGUUUUAAUGUGACCUGCAUAUUCAUUAGGUUGUAAAACUCUUUUGAUACAGAAAGAAUAACACCAACGUUACAUGCGAUGUGUUUUGUUGCGGUUCACCUUUAAAUAUGGAACUUUUUUUCAUAUCGAUUUAAAAGGUUUAAAAAGGGAAGUUUCUGAAGUCGUGCUGGACAGAAGGGCUGAAGAUGAUGUUGUGGUUUGUCACGUCCUAAAAACAUGAUGACCAAAUAAAAAACAAAAGAGAACAGAUGAUUUGCUUUGUUUUCUGCUCAGUGUUUGUAUCUCCCCCCCCCUCCCCCCUCAACCCCCUCCCUUUACCCUUCCAGCUUGCUUUGUGCAUAGUAUAUCUUUCAGAACAAAAAGAGAAUCUUGUCCUAAAUAUUAAAAAAAAGGCUUUAAAACGUGUUUGUAAGACAGUAUUUUGAUACACAAUAAAGUUGUCUAAGUAUUUUUCUGUCAA